CGAACACCUCGGUGUUUCCAAGAAAGAAAGAAAAAAAUCGCCUUUUAUCGCCUCUUGUAUUCUUCCACCAGAGUCCUCCUAUUCUCCAGCUCAUGAAUAUUAAGUAGAUUUGGGAGCAAUAAAGCCAGCCUCUUGCACCAUCGAGCCCACACUCAGCAUCCACCAAGCGCGCCGUCCACAGCGCCCUCACCAGACUCUCUGCGGCGGCGUCCGGCACCACACUGAUUUCUACCGGCGCCAUUCGGAUUCUCUUUUCGUUUCAAACAAGAAAUCAAGAUGGCUUUGAGAGGACCUGUAUCCCGUCUCCUCAGGUCUCAGCUGGGCCUCACGUCACAACCAAGCAGGGCUCAGUCCGUGGCUGUGCUGGGCGCUCCGUUUUCACGAGGACAGAAACGAGGAGGCGUGGAGCACGGCCCUAAAGCCAUCAGAGAUGCGGGGCUCCUCGAGAGGCUCUCCGGUUUAGACUACGCUGUCCACGACUUCGGCGACCUCAGCUUCCACCACGUGGAGAAGGACGAACCCUACAUGGACGUCAAGUUCCCGCGCACCGUGGGCGCGGCCAACAAAACCCUGUCCGGCGCGGUGAGCAGAGCCGUCGGUGCUGGACACACCCUGGUCAUGCUCGGAGGCGAUCACAGCCUUGCUAUUGGAUCGGUGGCAGGCCACGCCCAGCAGUGUCCCGACCUGUGUCUCAUCUGGGUCGACGCUCACGCCGACAUAAACACGCCCAUGUCUUCUCCGUCAGGAAACCUUCACGGCCAGCCUGUGGCAUUCAUGCUCAAAGAGCUGCAAGACAAGAUGCCAGAUAUCCCGGGGUUCUCCUGGACCAAGCCGUUCCUCUCCUCGAGGGACCUGGUCUACAUCGGACUGCGGGACGUGGACCCCGGAGAGUACCAAAUCCUGAAGGACCUGAAUAUCCAGUACUUCACCAUGAGGGAUAUCGACAGACUCGGCAUCCAGAGGGUCAUGGAAGUCAGCCUUGACCAUCUUUUGUCAAGAAAGCAGCGACCGAUCCACCUGAGCUUUGACGUCGACGCGUUCGACCCGUCUCUGGCUCCGGCCACGGGAACGCCAGUGAACGGCGGUUUGACCUACAGGGAAGGGAUCUACAUCACAGAGGAGAUCCACAACACAGGUCUGCUGUCCGUCAUGGACCUGGUGGAGGUGAACCCGAUGCUGGGGGCCACCCGACAAGCGGUGGAGGCCACCGCCUCUCUAGCGGUGGACGUCAUUGCGUCGUCCCUGGGACAGACGAGAGAAGGCGCCCACGCCUCCAUCGACGAGAUUCCCUCCGUGAAGGUCGACACGGAGCAGCUUCGCCUCUGAGCGCGAAGCGAAGCUUUGAACUUUACCGACAUCGUCCCAGAGCAUUCCACUAUUCUGAAUACGACGGAAUCUAAAAGUAGCUAAAGGGGUUUUUUUGUUGUUCUAAUCUUUGUGCGGUUUCAUGAUGAAAACCAGCUUAGGUCUGGUUUCAUUAUUCUAUUUUUAAAAAGGGCUUUGCAGACUUGAGGUAAAAACAUUGAUAAUGCUCAGACAAAAUGAUAGAAAUACUAACUUAUUCGGCUCCUGUAUGUAAUAAAUUAAGCGUUAGAACAUAUUUAUUACGCUUUUGGUUUAAAGAGAAUGAACCUAUAUGAAUGAACCUUUAGUGGCUGUGUCAGUUACUAAUAACUAGAAAUGAUGUGUUUGCACUUUGGACCAGCUGCGGUUACUGUAUUUUCUUUAGAGUCUACUUUUGUAUUUUCACGAUGAAUCUAGCAGGACACAUAUUAGCAUCCAGCAUGAAAUUCAACUGAACCAAUGUUUGACUAGAUGUGGCCACUAAAUGACUCUUGUCCACGUAACAAAGAGUUUGUACCUUGUUUUAAUCUUCCAUAAAUGUGAUUACAUUUUUUGUUUGA